ACUCUUUCAAAACACUCUCACAGAUAGAAACAGACCAAAAACAUUCCGAUCCAAAGAAAUUCAUUAAAUUAAAUUUAAAAUAUGUCGGGUCGGCAUGAUAAAGGUGUGAAUGUUCAGGUGCUACUGCGAUGCAGGCCGUUUAGUAACGAAGAAGUUAAGAACAAUGCACCACAAGUGGUGACGUGUAAUGAGUUUCAGAGGGAAGUUGCUGUUUCACAAGCUAUUGCUGGCAAACAAAUUGACCGGGUUUUCACUUUUGAUAAGGUUUUUGGCCCUACAGCUCAGCAAAAAGAUUUAUACGAGCAAGCUGUUAUUCCGAUCGUGAAUGAAGUUUUAGAAGGAUUUAAUUGUACUAUUUUUGCUUAUGGGCAGACUGGAACUGGAAAAACUUAUACCAUGGAAGGAGAGUGUAAGAGGGCCAAGAGUGGCCCAAAUGGAGAGUUGCCAUCAGAAGCAGGUGUUAUACCUAGAUCGGUGAAACAAAUAUUUGACACAUUGGAGGGUCAGAAUGCCGAGUAUAGUGUUAAAGUUACGUUUUUAGAGUUGUAUAAUGAAGAAAUCACUGAUUUACUUGCUCCUGAAGAAAUAUCAAAAAUUGGCAUUGAGGAUAAGCAGAAAAAAAUCUUGCCUCUAAUGGAAGAUGGUAAAGGUGGAGUUCUUGUGAAAGGUUUAGAAGAGGAGAUUGUAAUGAAUGCUAAUGAAAUAUUCACGUUACUUGAAAGGGGUUCUGCCAAACGUCGUACUGCAGAGACUCUAUUAAAUAAACAAUCAAGUCGGUCACAUUCCCUCUUUUCAAUUACAAUACACAUUAAAGAGUCGACCCCAGAGGGUGAAGAACUUAUCAAAUGUGGGAAGCUGAAUCUGGUUGAUUUAGCUGGGUCAGAAAAUAUUUCUCGUUCAGGUGCAAGGGAGGGCCGUGCAAGAGAAGCGGGUGAAAUCAACAAAAGUUUACUUACUUUGGGACGAGUAAUAAGUGCACUCGUGGAGCAUCUGGGACAUGUUCCUUACAGGGAUAGUAAACUGACUCGUUUACUUCGUGACUCAUUGGGUGGAAGGACUAAAACAUGUAUCAUUGCCACAGUAUCACCAGCUGUCCACUGUCUUGAAGAGACCUUGAGCACAUUAGAUUAUGCCCACAGGGCAAAGAAUAUAAAGAAUAAGCCAGAGGUAAAUCAAAAGAUGAUGAAAACAACUCUAAUCAAGGAUCUGUAUUCUGAAAUUGAUAGACUCAAAGCUGAGAUAAAUGCCUCCCGUGAGAAAAGUGGUGUAUAUCUGCCAAAAGAGCGAUAUUACCAAGAGGAAAUGGAAAGGAAGUCAAUGGCAGAAGAAAUUAUACGAAUGGAACAUCAGAUUGAAAAUCAGCAAAAGAAAUUUGAGGAAUUGCAAACUCAAUUUAAUGCCCGUGUAGAAGAGUGUUCUGAUUUAAGCAACAAACUUGGAAUGACACAGAACAAUCUGAACCAAACCACUAAGAUGUUGGUUGAUACUGAGGAAACACUGAAAAAGUGUCAAUAUGCUCUCAAGGAGCGGGAGUUUGUCAUAUUAGAGCAAAAAAAAGCGGAAAAUGCAUUGGCUCAUCAAGCAUGUGUUCUCCGAUCCGACUUAGAGAAAUCUCUUCAGGACAAUGCAUCUUUGUUUAUGAAGAUUGCAAGAGAGGAUAAACUGAAUGCUGGUAAUAGGUCAGUUGUAAAUAAGUUUGAAUCUGAGCUGGCACAAGAUGUUGGUUCUCUUUGCAACAUGGUGGCUGCUUCUGUGUCUGAGCAAAAUGAACAACUUCAGUGCAUUGAAAAGUUUUGUGACUCAUUCAUUAUCAUUAAUGACAAGGCCAUCACUGACUUGAAGAAAAAAGUAUCCGCAUCAAGAAACUUGUAUGUUUCUCACAUUGAGGACAUGGAAAAUGUUGUACGUUUGCACAAGGCAAGUGCUAAUGGAAGUCUAGAAGAAAUAUUUGUCAAAGCUUCUUCCAAUGCUCAUUGCGUUGAAACACUAUUGGCCGAAGAAGCUGCAAAAGGACAAUCUAUAUUCGAUGAGCUCCAGGGCACUUUAUCAAAACAGCAAGGAGAGAUUGCUGUUUUUGCUAGAGACCUUCGAAAGAGAUUCGAUGCCAGCAUACAUCAUACGACAAAUAUAUCAGAGUUCAUUAAUGGUAUAUUUGAUAAGCUGAUGGAAGUAUCUAAAGAGUUAGGAAGUCAUACAAAUCAAGUUGACGAGACACAAACGAAAAAUAUUGAUGAAUUUCAGAAGGCAUAUGAGGAACAAUCAAGAUCUGAUGCACAGAAGCUUAUUGCUGAUGUCACGAGUUUAGUCUCAAGUCAUAUUAGCCGACAAAAAGAGAUGGUGGAUGCACGUUUAGCUGGUAUAAGGGAAACUGCAGCUGGAAACAAGACAAAGUUGGAUGGGCAUGUUUCUUCAAUUGUGGGAAUCACAUCAGAUGCAAAAAGAAAAUGGCAGGAGUUUUCUUUACAAGCAGAAGAUGAUGCAAAAGACAAUUCUGACUUUUCUGCUGCUAAACACUGCCGAGUUGAGUUAUUGCUACAAAAAUGUGUUGAUACUACUGAAAUAGCAAAAACUCAUUCCAGAAAGACACAUGAGUUCGUGAAUGACAUGGGUAAAACUCAUGUCUCAGAAAUGGAGAAGCUUGUCAGAGGUGCUUCUGAGAGCAAUGAGCUUCAUGAUGCCGAGGUCCGUUUUGCUAGGGAAACUGCUGAAGUGGACAUGUUAAAGAAUUGUGAGGACAUCAUUAAGCAUAUGGAAGGUACAUCAGAAGAAGAGCGAGAGGCUAUCAAUGGAAUUUUAGAAUUCACAAAAGCACAAUCAUUGAUUAUUGAGAACUUACGAGAUGAUCACACUACCAAAUCUGGUGCAAUAGAGCAGAAGACUCGUGAUACAUUCCAGCAGAAAUAUAUGGAUUACAAACCGUCCGGAACAACUCCUGUAAGAUGUGACACAGAUGUUCCAACUAAGAUAACUAUUGAGUCGCUUCGUGCGAUGCCAAUGGAAACCCUGAUGGAAGAAUUCAGAGAAAAUCAUCCAUUGGAAUCUUCGGAAGUAAAGGAUGCCAAGAUUUCACCUUCUCAACGCUCCCCUCUUACCGAAAUCAACUAAACUACAUGAUGAGUUGAUUAAUAUUUGCGACCCAUUUGUACUGUUACUUUGUAUAUUUUUAAACACGAGGAGAUAGGUGAUAGAUGGAUCAAUUCACAUAAUCCCUUCUUGGGAUUUGAUGUUUUUCUGUUGACCAAUGCCGUAGAGAUGGUUUCUUUGUGUAAUUUGUUUGCUCUGUUUCCUGUUAAGAUUCCUAUAUAUUCUGGUGUUCUAUUCUAUCAAUCAUCUUUGUUUUGAGCA